AACAGGCGCCGCUUCUAGAGAGAGAGCGAGAAAGGGAUGCUGCGAAGGCACCUCCGUUUGCCGAGUUCUUCUGAGGACGAUGAAGACGCCCCACCACCCCAAACCUUGAUCACUCCGAACCCUAACACUCUGUUAGAGAUCUCCGACGAUGAUUUCUUGGACGUUCCGGAUGAUCUUUCACCACCAGUGGUUGAAGCCCCACCCGGCCGCGCUGGAGACUCCGCCGACGCACCCGGAGGGAUGGAGGAGGAGAGGGAUGGUUUUACCAGAGAAAUUGAUGACUUUCUCAGGAGUCUAGGAUUACGGCUCCGGCCAGAAUGGUUGGAGUCGUGCGCCGCAACUUUGAUGGCCAGUGGAUCAGAUUUUUCCCGUCUGGAUGUCGCCGGAAGGGCCAAAAGGUGCUUCGAACAGUUCCUUAUUUCCGACAUGAAUACUUCCGGUGCCGGCGUCCUUCCAGAGUAUGUUCACAGAUUGCACAAGACCGAGCUCGAGGGCCCGUUCGUUCUUCAGAUUGAUGAAAUUGUUAACAUCUCUGCCCCCAUUCGAGAAAGAUAUCAUGAAGUACCAGUUGGAUAUAAGAGAUGUCUAAAAUUGUCAAUGACAGAUGGUGUGCAACGCGUAUUUGGCAUGGAAUACAGACCCAUUAAAGAGCUUGAGGUUCUUGCUUCUUCUGGUCUGAAGGUUGUUGUUCAUAAUGUGCAUAUACGACGAGGGCUUUUAAUGCUUGUCCCAGAAAUUUUUACGGUGCUUGGGGGCCUAGUUGAGGAUUUAGAUGCAGCAAGGAAGAGGCUUGUUGCUGAAGUAAAUAAACCUCCACGAGGCAAAAGGAAGCGUGGUAAUAUGAGUCCAUUGUCUACAAGGGCUUGUCUUGCAGCAUGGCCCUCCAACAAUGUUUUAGGUGCACCAACAAAUUCAACAACACUAAAUUCGCAAGUAUUGGAUCAAGGUACCGAUUUGGUUAGUGCUGGGAUAGUCACUACACGUACCACAAUCCCAGAAUUUGUUGAACUGGGUACUACAAUUCAAGAUGAUCCCUGUAUUGUGAGACACAGCAAUGAAGUAGUUGCUGCUCAGAGUGCUAGGAUCCCUCUAAGAGAAGAAUACUCUGCUCAUAUUGAAGAAAAUAUUACUGAGGGACCUGCUUGCCAUGGAAACAGAUCGGACAUGCUAUCUAAUUCAACCCAUAAUCCUCUCUCUACCAUGGAGCAUGCCCAUUCUUCAGACGUGGAAGAUGCAGUUGAAAUAGAACAUCCCUUGAUUCUAAGUGACUUGGAUUCAAUCCCUUUCACAUAUCUGGCUUGUUUAUUUGCUAAAUGGACCACAGAGAAAGACAAGAUACCACCGAUUCACGGGAGGAUUAAGUGUUUUUUGACUGGUGUGAAAGGAUUUCAAUUCAAAGAAAGGAGAACAUAUGAACUCAGUGUUUAUGUGGAUGAUGGAAGUCUAAUAUCAGAGGUCCUCAUUGAUCACAAAGUUGUGCAGAAUGGAAUAGGCCAUUCUCCAGAAGAAGUAACUGCUGCUCUUUCUUCCACAGAAAAGAGAAUAGUUGCUGAUAUGAGGGAGACAAUGAAAAAGUUCCAACUUUUCUUGGCCAAGUUUGAGGGCACAAUGCUUCUGGAGAUGAAUAAAAGUUCUUCUCUUCCUGUUGUCCUUGAGAUGAAUCAAGGAAUUUCUAGCUCUGAUGCAUGCCUGCUCCUCAAAAGAUUGGAGAAGACUGUUUCACAAGAAUUUUCAAACCGCAAUUUGAAUCUAAUUGAGUUAUCUCCUUGACAUAUAUUUUCUUCAUUUAUGCUUAAAAGGGGCAUGCCACAGCUUAGUCAUUUUGGAGGUAACUUGAUGAGUCGUUUGCUGUUUUUCAUAAGGGCUUCCAAAUCUUUGCAUAGAAGGGACCAUGCUAAUUAAUUGUGAGUUGAGAUUAUCACUAGGAAAUGAAGGUUGUCAGUUUUCAAAGAUUUAACAAUAUCAGUUUUGUUAUCAUGUCAAGAGCUGGAGCCCUAUACUGCGUCUACAGGGUGAUGAUGUCAUUCAAAGGGAUAACCUGUUGAACAAGAAGCUGGAUUGAACUGCAUCAAUCAGAUGGUGAUUCACUGCUAAAGAAGUUUAUGGCUCAUUAGCUGAAGUUAUCUAUGUGGGUAUGAGGAUUCAGUUGUGCUAGGAUGACUUGCAUGAACUUUUUUGCUUGAGAUAUGCGCAGCAUGUGCAUUCAUGGACUGUAGAGAGUGAGGGAUGAUGCCUAUCCAGCGGGGAAGACACUGAGAAUCACCAGAUAAUCCAAACUAGGUGAACUUAUGCUUGUAUUAGUUUCUUUAGAUUUUUGUAUCCGAUGGAGAAAUGUAUAAAUCUAUCUUCCUUAGAAGUCUUCAAUCUAGCUGCUUGCAUCAUAUUUAAGAA